AUGGGGUGGGAAAGGGCAGAGCCCGAGGCCCAGCGCGAUGGCAGUGGCGGCUACAACGGCCACGGCACCCUGCUCACCCAGCAGUCUGGAGGGUUUGACGACAUCGACCUGCCCUCUGCGGUCAAGUACCUGAUCGCCAGCGACCCCAACCUGCAGGUCCUGGGCGCUGCCUACCUGCAGCACAAAUGCUACAGCGACGGCAACGCCAAGAAGCAGGCACGCAGCCUCCAGGCCAUGCCCAAGCUGGUGAAGCUGUUCAACAGCCCCAACCAGGAGGUGCAGCGCCAUGCUACGGGCGCCAUGCGCAACCUCAUCUACGACAACGCCGAGAACAAGCUGGCCCUGGUGGAGGAGAACGGCAUCUAUGAGCUCAUGCGGACCCUGCGGGAGCCCGACGACGAGCUCCGCAAGAACGUCACAGGGAUCCUGUGGAACCUCUCCUCCAGUGACAACCUCAAGGAUCGCCUGGCCCGGGACACACUGGAGCAGCUCACAGACCUGGUGCUGGUGCCGCUCUCUGGCCUGGGUGGCUCUGGUGUCAUCCAGCAGAACCCCUCCGAGGCAGAGAUCUUCUACAACUCCACGGGCUUCCUCAGAAACCUCAGCUCUGCCAGCCAGCAGACCCGGCAGAAGAUGCGCGAGUGCCAUGGGCUGGUGGACUCCAUGAUCCAUUACGUCAACAGUUCCCUGGAAGUGGGCAAGUCGGAGGACAAGAGCGUGGAGAACGCCGUGUGCGUGCUGCGGAACCUCUCCUACCGCCUGUACGACGAGAUGCCCCCGUCCUCGCUGCAGCGCUUGGAGGGCCACAGGAGGAACAACAGCAGCACCAUGACAGGGGAGCUGGUGGGCUGUUUCAGCCCCCAGAGCAAGAAAGCACGAGAGCACUACAUGAGCGCGGACAUCGUCACCUUCACCGAGGUCUCCAAGGACCCCAAGGGCAUGGAGUGGCUCUGGAACCCGCAGAUCCACCACCAGCUGCGCUCGCUCACGGGGCUCAUCCGCAACCUGUCCCGCCACGCGCGCAACAAGGACGAGAUGUCGACCAAGGUGGUCAGCCACUUGAUAGAGAAGCUGCCGGGUGGCGCCGGGGACAAGUCGCCACCUGCCGACGUCAUCGUCAACAUCAUCGCGGUGCUCAACAACCUGGUGGUGGAGAGCCCCAUGGCCGCCCGUGACAUCGUCUACUUUGACGGCCUCAGAAAGCUCUUCUACAUCAAGAAGAGGAGGGACAGCUCGGACAACGAGAAGUCCUCCAGAGCAGCGGCCAGCCUCCUGGGCAACAUGUGGCAAUACACCAAGCUCCACCGGGACUUCAAGAUGAAGGGGUACCGCAAGGAGGAUUUCCUCAGCCUCUGAGAAGGAGCCCUGGGCGAGGAGGAG